GUGAUAGUAGAUGGAUUGUCAAGUUGUGAAACCCGGGAGUGGAGCACGUUCGUGUUUUGGACCUCGAAAUCAUUCCUAAUCUUUCCCAGCCUGCGUAGCAGGCGCUUGGAAGUAGUGGGCGAAAGAAAGAAGGGGCGCGCGCGACGGAGACACGCGAGGGUUGAGGGAGCAGUCGAAAAGCAGUCAGCGGACAAAUUUUCAUAUACCCUACUACUAGGCGAAGUUUCUUUCCGCUAUGGUUUUAAGCAUUUACGAAGUUUUUCACUUAGUUGUUUCCCAUAACAGGCACAAAAAUUAAAACCAUUGUUGCUGUUAUUAAUUAUACCUUUUUUCGGCCAUCUUACCUCAAGUUGGUUAAUAAUGCAUAUAACACUCGCCUUGGCGGGAAAAUGGUUCGAUGGUGACUCAAGCUUAUAAACCUAACAGUUUGUGUUAUUGGAAUUUUCUGCCAAAUUACUCAUACGUCAAGCUUUUAAUGUACAGGCAAUAUGAAAAGCCAUUAAUUAAAAAUCUUCCGUCCAGUUCGUUUCACCUGAGCCUGCAUGGCACUUGCAGGCUGCAUCAUAGUUUGAAGUUAGCUUGAACAACUACAAAACUUCUCUGAACCCCCGUCUGGCCCGACAAAGAAGUGCGUACUGUUUUCUGACUGACUGCAUCUUUUUAACAUCAGAUGACAGAAACACGAUGAUAAUGAUAUAAACAGCCUUAAGUUAUUAGUGAUAAACUUGUGCGAAUCAUAUCAAAGUAAAAGAGCGAUAUCUAUAAAAUAAAGCCCUCACUUGCGCCUCAUUUGAUGAUGAUGAUGAUGAUGAUGAUAAACAUUUUCAGUGUCAGGUUUUCUAGCUGGCCAUGUAAGGCCUACUAACAUGGGACACUAAAUUAAAAUACUAUCAGCUCCAACUAAUUAAUAUAAAAAAAAUAUUUACAAAGAAUAAAAUUUACAAAAAUAUACAUCCUAAAAAAAAUGUCGAGAAAACGUAUUCGGAUUUAUCAUAUAAAAUAAUACUCAUUGAUUAAGAGGUGUCCUUUUUCAUUUAUGUACAACAUAGAAAGCAGUUUUUACAGCCCUCUGUGAUUACUUGUUCAAGAUCUACCUUAAGAGUUUUCUUUUUAAAGCUGUAAAUUGAUUUUGCGUUUUGCUUAGUUUAGACCAUAUUACUGAGCCCACGUAUCUUAGGUUAUGUCUCCCGUAAGUUGUUGUGUUGUAUCGAGGAAUAAAAAAGUCACUAGAAUUUCUGAGCCCGUAGCGAGGUUUAUCGAGCUUAAAAAUGUCCUUUUUGUACGGAGGGCAUAUAUUGUACUUUGCCUUAUACGUAAUUAUGGCUAUGUCCUGCAAUCGGCGACAGCCUAAUGUCGUGAGUUUAGCCUUUUUCAAGAGCUCAUCGUAUGAACUUCUCGUAUCGCAGUAGACGGCUCUUAACGCUCGCUCUUGUACUCGCUUCAUCUUUCUGCUAUCCGACGCCCUACAGAAAUGCCACACUGUAUGACAGUAUGUAAUUUGAGGCAUUAUGAAAGAAAUGAAAAUCUUAAGUUUGGCUGAUAGUGUUAACAUGUUUCUAAGCCUCAUCAAAACUGCAACCUUCCUAGAUGUGUUUUUACAUACCUCUCCAAUAUGCCUACUAAAAUUCAAAUGUUCGUCAAUGGUCACUCCCAGUAAUUUCAUUUCAGAGUGACUCUCAAUAUCAAUAUACAUGUAUAUUUAUACUGGCAAAAAUCAUCGUUCAAUGUUCUGGGUGUAAAUUUCCUGAAAGAGUUCUCCUCACUGGUGCAAUAUCAAUAUGUAAAAGGUCUCAAAAGUUUCACAUUGGUGUGAAGCUAAACCGAAUGUGCGGCAUGUCUCUCCUUGCAAUCACUUUUUGAGUAUUUACACUCCUUUUGUAUUCCAAACGAAAAAGUAGCAUGACAGCACCACCGCCUGUGACAACAAAACUUAUCACCAAGCCCCAUGGGCUCCAAGCAAGCGAAACUCAACGCUACUAAGAGCGUUCUUGUUUAUCCAAAUACUGUUGCGAAUCUGCGUGCGUCAGUUGAGGGAAAUAGAAAGGUAACAAAAGAGGCCAAAAGGAAGGAACAUAUAUCUCGAAAGAGAGAGGUGGGAAAACUGUUUCGACCUCUGUGCUUAGUUAUUUGGGUUUUAUGUAGAAAUACAGGAACCCGUUAAUUUGGCCAGUUGAUCAUUGCUUAAUCAUAAGAAAUAUCAUAUUUUCUUAAAUCGUCUGUUCUUGUUGAUCUCACUUUCCUGCAUGUAUUUAGCUAAUCGUGUGUUGUUAGUAUACAGUAGUAUAUACAUCAGAGAGUGCACUGUUUUAUAAUAAUGUCAUAGUGAACACUUGUAUACAGUUAUGACAGUUUGAGGCGUUAAUUUCUUUAAUCAAAACGAGUGUCAUGAUGACGUUUUCAUUCUGUCAAUCAUUACAAACCCGAAAUUAAGACGGGGGAGGGGGGUGGGGGCACUCAAGAGAAGUUUGGUAGAGGUGUGCCGCCGAGGCCUUCAAACCCUUGACUCUGUUUAAGACGAAAAUGGUUCAGGUACCACAUAUAUAGACCGCUCACCGUCAACUCCAUCCACACUCUGUGCACCCCCCGGUGUAAACCAAACAAGUUGGUAUGUUUAGACUGUUAAGGCUUCUUGUCUUCAUACUUGGCAGGACUAGCUCUUUCUCGAUCAAGAAGAAGUGAAAAGAGGCUCUGCUCACAGGAUGGCAGAGCCGAUGAUUAUUAAGUUCGAGGAAAUAUAAGAGCUGUCAGGGGUCUAGAACGUAACUAUGUACGCAUCUACAGGGGAGAGGGAGAGGAAAUUAAUAGAUCUCAGUUCCUUAUUUAUAUAGUUCUACAAAAAUGGCGUUUAUUUCCUUAGGUUUUUCUAGAAGUGUUUGUUAUUCGCUUAUAACAAAGCCGAAAACAGGGCUCAGGUAAAUGAACAUAUCUGGGCAGAUUGAUUGGACUCCAUGUCUUAAAAGUAGGGCGUGGGAACAACCGAUACAAAAUUAAUGCACGAGUCAUAUUAUAAUAAGGUUUGUUUUCUGUCCAUUUGAAGCUUUAAGUUAUAAGCAAACAAUAACAUCACCUGCUUUGCUUUUGCUUAGUAGUGCAAUAAUUCAGUAAAACGGGAAGAGAAUUAAAUUGCCAUGCGCUUAGAUAAUUAGUUUACACAGUAUAGAUAUGGGGAAUAACUCUUGAGAGUAGAUGCAGUGCAGUGAAAUGGCAGUGAGCAGACAAAUCUUAAUAUACCCUACUACUAGCCGAGGAUUCUUUCUGUUAUGCAUUUUAAGCAUUUACGAAGUUUUUCAAUUAGUUGCCUCACAUAACAGGCACAAAACUUAAAACCAUUGUUGCUAUCACUAAUUAUGCCUUUUUUCGGCCAUCUGACCGCAAGUUGUUUAAUAAUGCAUAUAACGCCUGGGAAAAUGGUUCGAUGACGACUCAAGCUUAUAAACUUAACAGUUUGUGUUAAUGGAAUUUUCUGUCAAAUUACUCAUACGUCAAGCUUUUAAUGGACAGACAACAUGAAAAGCCAUUAAAAUCUUCCGUCCAGUUCGUUUCACCUGAGCCUAUAACAUGCAGGCUGCAUCAUAGUCAAAGCUGGCUUGAACAACUGCAAAUUAAACUUUUCUGAAACCCCGUCUAGCCCGACAAAAACGUGCGUACUGUCUUCUGACUGACUGCAGCUUUUUACCAUAAGCUGACAGAAACAAGAUGAUAUUUAUAUAAACAGCCUUAAGUUAUUAGUGAUAAACUUGUGAGAAUCAUAUCACUUUCCCCCAAAAUUAAAAGAGUGAUAUUCAAAUAAAGCCCUCACUUGCACCUCAUUUCAUCGCAGAUGAAUAUGGCUCAGACAAACGUUACUGAAGAUGAAAACCAGAAAACAUUCAUGGAACUGUUCUGCUUGGCGGAAUUUAUCAGAGGUGUAGAUGGCGAGCUUACAUUUCUUUCAGCUCUUAAUAUUUUUCUUUCCAUUACUGCAUUUCUGGGGAACACUCUGAUCCUAGUUGCCCUACACAAGGAAACUUCACUUCAUCCGCCGUCCAAACUCCUGUAUCGUAACCUAGCGAUAACUGAUCUCUGUGUUGGUAUCAUUUUGGAUCCUUUGGCUGUGACUUAUUUGACUUCUGUUUUAAAGGAAAGAUGGGAUAUUUGCUAUUACUCACAUUUUGCUGAAGUUUUCUCAGGUUAUAUUUUGUGUGUAGUGUCUUUAGUAACACUGACUGCAAUAAGUGUGGACAGACUUCUCACCUUGUUGCUGGGGCUCAGAUACAAACAAGUUGUAACUUAUAGAAAAACAUGUAUAACUGUAAUUAAUUUAUGGAUUUUUUCCAUCGUCGGUGCAUCUACUAUCUUUUGGAAUCGUCUUAUAACUUCAUGGUGGCAAUACAUAAUUACAGCUCUGUGUCUAAUCACCACAAUCUUCGCUUACGCAAAAAUUUUCCUUUCUCUGCAUCAUAAUCAAAUUCAUGUUCAGAACCACGUUGCUCAAGGACAACCGAGCCAAGCAAUCACACUGAACAUAGCUCGAUACAGAAAGGCGGUGUACAGCACACUGUGGGUGCAGGGUACAUUGGUUGCAUGUUAUUUGCCGUUUGGUAUAGUGGUAGCUUUGACACCUCAACAAGGGAUGACUUUAUCGGUAUACCUCGUUAGACGAUUUACUGUUUCUUUACUUUAUUUAAACUCGUCAUUAAACCCAUUCCUGUACUGUUGGAAGAUCAGGGAAGUAAGGCAAGCUGUAAAAAAAACGUUAAGGCAACUAUUCUGUCGAUCGAGUUAGUUUACUAUGGUUUUCAACUUAAAAUUCCUCAGUGCCAAAAACACUAGACGGUCCUUAAAACAAAUCAUACACAUGUAUAAUAUUUAAUGUCUAUUGUGCCUCAAAAGGUUCAGUCUUUGACGGAAAGAGCGGUAUUUAUUAACCAUUCAUAUGUAUUUGCUUGAGUUUAUUGUACGUAAAAUUAACAACAAAACAAAUUUUAACCAACGCGAUCAGUACAAAAAUUAAAGUACAUUUUUGUUGUUUCAUGGGAUUUUACUGGCUCAGUUCACUUAACGAAGAAUCAUUUUUACCUGAUAAAUUUAGAGAGAUGACAGAACAUUCAAACCCCGCUUUUUUUAAUAAUGAUAGCAUUAAGCAAUUGACCACACUUUCUAUGGGUUUACCGGCGUAAUAACCCACGCGGGAUGUUGGAAAAGCACGAGAAAAGUUUGUAAAUCACGAGCCGAAGGCGAGUGAUUUACAAGCUUUUCGAAUGUUCUCCCAUUAUCCCAAGUGGGCUAUCACGCCGAUAAACCCAUAGAAAUUGUGGUCUAUUGCUUUUAUAAAAUAACUUUAAGUAAAACUGUGAGUUUACCGGCACAAUAAACCAUAGGUUUUUGACCAAUCAGAACGCGCGUACUAUCUUUUAUAAAAUAAUGAUAAUAUUGAAUAAUCUUUAUAGAGGAAGCUCUAGUCACAUUUAGUGGUUUUCAGGGAGGUCCACACCAAGAUUAAAAAAUGUGAGAAGUACUAAUUACAAUAAAUCAGUCUUAAAAAUUUAACUAUUACUCAAAUAUAAAAAGCUAAGGGAUGAAAAGUUAAAGGGCAAGAAGGCUAAAAGACUAAAAAAAGGCCGUAAGUGAAAAAAUAUACAAUCAAACUAAAAGAUUUAACUAUGAUUCGAAUAUAAAGGCUAUCGACUGAAAUGUUUGGCUUUUAAGUGCCGCUUAAAAAUUUUGCAUUGCAUUGGUUUCCUUAAAAGAUUGGGGAGACUUGCCCAGUCACUAAUGCAACUGUAUAACUCGUUCUUUAGAUCAUAACCCCCUCCACAUUGUGGACUGUGCCUUUGACCUUUGCGUUUACCUGAAACCUUUCCAUGUUCUCUUAUGCGCCUGGUUAUGAGGCAGGAAAAUGUGUGUAGUGAAAGCAGACAAUCACUAAAGAGAAGGUACUUUUCGUGAGCAAUAUAAUACCGUUCGGGUAAAAAAAGGAGAACUGGGAUCUACUCAUUCUUGUAUCCCCAAAGACGCAUCCUACCAGCAGAGUCUUUCUUUCUCUUGCUUGAUUUUAGCGUACUCGAGAAAGACUGCACCAUUCGAGUCGGCGAUCUUUUUUACCAUGCGCUGCAUGUUGCUAGGAUACAGUUCCGAACACAGGCCUAAAGCCGUGCGCUGGGUACAACAGGCUCAGUUAUCAUCAGAGGUUUAUAAACUGAAACGGAUGCUCGCAUUAGAGAAACCAGUUUGACGAGGGAAAACGUGAUUGACUUGUUCACAAGUUCUUUGAUGCGACUCAUGCAAAGCCUCCUUUUCUCUAGCUCUUCCUCGAUCAAGUAGAAGCGAAAAAGAGGCUCUGCUCACAGGAUGGCAAAGCUGUUGAUUAUUAAGUUCGAGGAAAUAUAAGAACUGUCAGGGGUUUAGAACGAAACUAAGUACGCAUCUACAGGGGAGAGGGAGAGGAAGCUAAUAGAUCUCAGUUCCCUAUUUAUAUAGUGCUUCCAAAAUCGUAUUUAGUUCCGUUGGUUUUUCUAGAAAUGUUAGUUAUUCAAGCCAGUAGCAAGCAUAAAAUGACUGGGGGGACUGAGCGAGUAGCCCACAUUAACCCCCCCCGCUUCGGUCCCUCGGUUAAAGCAUACUUCUUGGUACAUGUCAAAUCACUACAUUUGUCUACAAUACCUUUUGUUCUUGUCUCUAAUUUUCCGUUUGUGUUGACUUUGACGAAAUAGAGAACUUGUUUGGGAUAUCUUUCGCGGAAAGUUGUUCUUUGAUUCGGAUUGUUUCUUCGACUACACCAGGCUCUGUGUCACUAGAGCAUGGUUUUACCCGCGAUAAGAGUGUUCCCUGCUUAUUUUCGACUUGUUUCGAUUUCUUUUACGGCGGCUCUUGCGAAGACAUUGUAAGACUUUCAAUAUCAUGUAAACGCGCAAAAACCUAAGUUUUACUCUAGUACAGAGGUAUAUUUUACACUGACGGACCUCUUAGGAAACCAAUAAAGUUCAAGAGGUCAAGUUCAGGGAUUGUCAUUGGUGCAUUUCCAUCUAUUUUGCUUCUGACUAUUUUGAUGCUCAAUAAGGAGAUAUUCUAAAGCUGUUGGUUGUUUUUGGCAGAGCAAAAAUACGAUUUCGUUCAUUUACACAAUUCCAAAUUGCACAGAGGAACAACAGUACAUAAUGUUACUAUGAUCGACAAUACUUUGAAACUUUAGCCUCCAUUGACAGCUGUCCAUUUUAGUACCAAAAUUCCACUUUUAUAGCAAAAAUUAAUUCAAUUCUGAAAAUUUCUCGGGGGGGCUUGAGCCCCCCCUGCCCCUCCCCCUGCUAUGGGCCUGUUAUUCGCUUAUAGUAAAGACGAAAAUUGAGCUCAGGUAAUUGAAAAUGUGUGGGCGGAUUCAAUGGACUCCCUGUCUUGAAAGUAGCGCGUGGGAACAACUGAUACAAGAUCAAUACAAAUGUCAUAAUCCAGCCUAAUUAAAGUUUUUACGUUGAUUUCUGUCUAUUUGAAGCUUUGAAACAAAGACAUCACCUCCUUUGCUUUUGGUUAACAGUGCAAUGAUUCAGGAAAACGGGAAGAACUAAGAAUUAAGUCACCAUGCGCUCAGAUAAUUAUAUAUAUUAGUACAAUAUAGAUAUGGGGAAAAACUGGUAAUACGGUCGAUUGACUCCCGAUAAUUGGAACCUUCAAGGGAAAUAGGAAGAAAUUCGAGUUAUCGGGAGUUCGAGUUAUUGUGGGUGAAAUUAUAUAGAAAACGAUCUGAAGGGAAAUGAACAUUUCCCCGAGUUAGCGGAAAGUUCGAGUUAUAGAGGGUUUGAGUUGCCGGGAGUUGACUGUAUUAAAACAGCUGUGUAUUAAUAUGCAAAGCACGUACUUGCGAGAAUACCUUGCGAGUAAAUGCAGUGCAGUGAAAUGACAGUCAGGGGACAAAUUUUAAUAUACCCUACUACUAGCCGAGGUUGUUUUCCGGUAUAGUUUUUAGCAUUUAAAACGUUUUUCACUUAGUUGCCUCCCAUAUCAGGCACAAAAAUCAAAACCAUUGUUGCUCUAAUUAAUUAUACCUAAUGCAAAUAAGGCUCGCCUAAAAUGUACACUAAGUUGUCAUACGUCAAGCUUGAAAUGGACGGAUACUGAAAAGUUAACAUCACUGAUCCGUCCAGUUCGUUUCAACCGAACCUGGCACAGAGCACAUCAUAGUUCGAAGUUAGCUUGAACAACUACAAAACUUUUCUGAACCCCUGGCACCGUAUGACCCGACGAAGACGUGCUUACUGUUUUCUGCAGACUGACUGCAGCUUUUAGAAAUUAAAACAAUUGACAGAAACACGUUAAAGACCAGACUAGAAUUACCGCGUAUUCAGCUUUGAGUUACCCUUUUUUUUAUAACGAUGUUAUUUUUCCGGCCCAGGCUGAAUAUUUUUACAUUUCCGCCGAUUUUAAGCUGAAAUUAUUCUUUCAUGAUUCAUGAAUAUAAAUUGAAAACAUAUUAAUAUUGGUUAUUGCAUUUACCGAUUGUCACCUGCACACAAAAUUAUAUCUUCAAAAUCUCAGCCUGUGGUUUAUUCUUGAAGUAUUCUUAAAAUUCCUCAAAUUUAAGCCUCGAUACUCUUAUAAAAUAUAUUCUUAUAUAAAAAAAAAGAAGAGUGUAUUAGCGUAUUGAAAAUGAUGUGCGAAUCAUCAAUAUCACUUUCCACUCAAUCUAAAAAGCGAUAUGUAAAUGACAUGAUAAAUAAAGCCCUGUCGUACCCCGGAAACCUCGUUUGAUCGAUCACAGAGAAAUAUGGCGCUGACAAACUUUACUGAAGAUGAAAACCAGAAAACAUUCAUAGAACUGUUCUGCUCGGCGGAGUUUAUUAGAGGUGUAGAUAGCGAGCUUAUCUUUCUCUCAGCCAUAAAUAUUUUCCUGUCCAUUACUGCAUUUCUGGGGAACACUUUGAUCCUAGUUGCCCUACACAAGGAAACUUCACUUCAUCCGCCGUUCAAACUCCUGUAUCGUAACCUAGCGAUAACUGAUCUCUGUGUUGGUAUCAUUGUGGAGCCUUUGUAUGUGACAAAUUGGACUUCUGUCUUGAAAGAAAGAUGGGAUAUUUGCUAUUAUUCUUUUCGGACAGCAGCUUUCUCAGGUUAUACUUUGUGUGCAGUAUCUUUAUUAACAGUGACGGCAAUAAGCGUGGACAGACUUCUCGCCUUGUUGCUGGGGCUCAGAUACAGACAAGUUGUAACUUUGAGAAGAACGAGUAUAACUGUGAUAGGUUUUUGGAUUUUGUCCAUCGUUGGUGCAUCUACUAUUAUUUGGAAUCUAUUUAUAACCACAUGGUAUCAACACAUAGUUGCAGCUUUGUGUCUAGUCACUAUAAUCUUCGCUUACACAAAAAUUUUCUGUACCCUGCGUCAUCACCAAAUUCAUUUUCAGAACGAUGUUGCUCAAGGGCAACCGAGCCAAGCAAUUCCACUGAACAUAGCUCGAUACAGAAAGGCAGUCUGUAGUGCACUGUGGGUGCAGGGAACAUUUGUUGUUUGUUAUCUGCCGUUUACUAUAGCGGUCGCUUUGACGCCUCAAAGAGGGGUACGUAUAUCCGCAUACCGUGCUCGGCAUUUUACAGCUACUUUAGUGCACUUAAACUCGUCUUUAAAUCCCUUGCUGUACUGUUGGAAGAUCAGUGAAGUAAGACAAGCUGUGAAAGAAACAUUAAGGCAACUCUUCUGUCGAUCGAGUUAG